UGUAAAUUCACUAAAUUGUAUAAAUUAUUAAUAUUGGAGUCCUCGAGGACCAAAAGUCAAACUGGCUCACAAAUUCUGCUAUAUAUUUUAAUGUGAUUUUCUAUAAUGUGUUGAACCAAGACCGGUUUCUCAAGAAUUCCGUGACACUGAGUAAAUUAGUGUGGUUGUCAUGGCUGUGAAUACACUGCGAGCAUUUUAAUAUAUACUGUAAAGUCAAUUAAACGACAUGACUAAUCGAAGCAAUUGUUUCAAAUGCUGUUCGAACUUAUUUGUUUCUAUUGUACUUCUUAACAUUGUUGUCAUUAUCACAGCAGCGUACAUUUUGGUUGUUUAUCACUUGAACCGCGAAGCGGGGAAUAGUUCUGUUCAACCAGCCCCGGUUGUAAGAGGUUUAACGAAAUGGACUGCCAAGACUCGUGGUUAUUUUGAAGCGGGAAAUAUUUCUGUUCAACCAGCCCCGGUUGCAAGAGGUUUAACGAAAUGGACUACCAAGACUCGUGAUUAUUUUAAAGAGGGAACUAUUUCUGUUCAACCAGCCCCAGUUACCGGAGGUUUAACGAAAUGGACUACCAAGACUCGCGGUUAUUCUGAACCCGGGAAAAUAUCUGUUCAACCAGCCCCGGUUGCAAGAAGUUUAACGAAAUGGACUACCAAGACUCGCAGUUAUUCUGAACCCGGGAAAAUAUCUGUUCAACCAGCCCCGGUUGCAAGAGGUUUAACGAAAUGGACUACCAAGACUCGCGGUUAUUCUGAACCCGGGAAAAUAUCUGUUCAACCAGCCCCGGUUGCAAGAGGUUUAACGAAAUGGACUACCAAGACUCGUGGUUAUUCUGAACCCGGGAAAAUAUCUGUUCAACCAGCUUCCGUUGCAAGAGGUUUAACAAAAUGGACUACCAAGACUCGUGAUUAUGUUAAAGCGGGAACUAUUUCUGUUGAACCAGCCCCAGUUACAAGUUUGCCUACAAAGACUGGUGGUCAUUUUACAAGAAAAAAGAAAGUGAUCAUUUUUGUCGGUAUCAUGAGCGCACCGCGGUUGAUAUCACGAAGGAAUGCAUUGAGAAAAAGUUGGUUAACACAGUGUAUAGGAAUCCCAUGCUUGUUUUUCUCAGAUAGUCAAGACAUGUAUGGCAAUAAACUACCAGACAAUAUCUACAUGCCAUUACAGCAGGAACAAUUGCUUCAUAAAGAUUUGAUUCUAACACAAAGUCCAGGGGGUAUCAACUUCGCACUGCGUUAUCUAUGGAUCUUAAAUUGGGCAAAUGCGCGAUAUCAGUUUGAAUAUUUCUUGCGCAUCGAUGAUGAUUACUUUGUGUGCAUGGAUAGACUAUUGCUUGAGUUGCCACAUCGGUCACGAGAUAAAUUGUAUUGGGGAUAUGUGCAUUGCCAUCCACCAGGUAUAAAAACAGUUUAUAUACUAAGGACGCUUUCCAUUAACACGGCCAUACCGGUCAAAUUGUUGAAUGGGAACUCAAAAUGUUUCGACUUCGGACCUAUCUGACCGGAAAAUUUGGAUAACAUCAGAAUGAGGUCCAUUUUCUCCAGAUGUUUGGGAAACAUAAAUGGAAAGCGCCCUAAGUCUACAGUAAUUGUAUCUAUAGAGCAUAGUUCUACAAUUCUCCUCUGUGUUUCAUAAGUAAUUGUUCAGGAAAUGAGAAUUUGCUGAAACUUCCCAGGGGCAAAGUUUAUGAUGUGCUCAUAGUAAAAACAGAAAAAAAAACCUCAUUUCGAAGAUAUGACAAUUGCAAUAUUGCGAUUUUCUGGGGGGUGGUGCGCACCCUCCCAGAAAUGAUUUGCACCCCCCCCCCAGAGGCAUUUGGCACCGCUCCCAAAAGUUUUUGCACCCCCGCAAAUUAUAUAUAUUUUUUGAUUUGAUAGUUUCAUAUUUGAUUAUUCUUACUACUAAAUUUGUAAAAUUACCAAUAUUAUGGUCUCAGAUCUUGCCAUGCAGGCCUAGAAAACAAAUUUUGUUAAACUUUUUCCUUGGCCUUUCCGGGCAUUGCCACCAGGCCCCGGCCAAAGCAAGCAGCAGCACCCCCCCCCCCAGAUACUUAUCCGCAUACUCAAUAAUAUGCAUAAAAUUAAUAUUCACAGACAAACCAUAAGAAAGACAGUCAUGGACCAGUGACUAACCAUGAAUUAUUAAAUUGAUUAAAUUUGAUUAAAUUGUUAAUAAUAAUUAUUUGUUAUGUUUGGGGUUUGUCCGUUAAUUAAUGGACAUGGUAUUAGUAAGGCAAGCUGAGAAGAAUUCAUUUUUCAGGCACGUAGCUACAAUAAUCAUUUUCACUGAACAAAUAUUCAAAAGCAUUAAUGGGCAAUUCCAGCUGUAGACUUAAUUUUGAUCUAGGCAAGAAGAACAAAAUCCAUCACCACAGCUAGAAAGAGCAUGUUAAAAUUAGUAAAAUUGCAAAGUUUGGCUGUGAAAUGUUGUAAAAUGUGGAAAAUAUAGCCCUGCGAAAUUUGUACUAAUUUGUAUUACGCACGGGAAAAUGCACCACAUUUGGGGCGAAAGUGGUGCAAUACAAAUUGCAAAAUUCGUACGGCUAUAUUUUCCUCAUUUUGCAACCAAACUUUGCAAUUUUACCAAUUUUAACAUGCUACCAUAGUACUAGGUGGAAAAAUGCACUACUUACAUCAAAGUACAGUGAGUGUAAUUUGCAUGUAUAAAGCAAAACAUUUAAGUGAAUGCUGCCAAUAUAAAAUGCCUGCCCUUAUAGAACCAUUUAAUUGACAAGUAUUUCGUUCAAUCAUUUAGAUCAUUUUAACAUAUUUUUUAAAAUGCCUCAUGAAAUAAUGCAAAAGUUUGAGUUCUAAAACAAUGGAUCAACAUGGUGACCAGUUCCUGGGCCCAGUAGUACAAUCGCACCUGUUUCUUAAAAAAGUAUCAAAAAUAUUCCUCUAAUCACACAUUUUUUUCUUGUUCCCUUUGGAUAUAUUUUGCUGUGAAAUAGCAAGAAAUGGCCAUUUUCAAAAUUUUCGGGGGAGCAUGCCCCUUGACCCCCUAUAAUGUGCGGGUCUUAGAGCAGGACUUGUCAAAUUUCCCUAGCUAUGUCACUGGUCUAAGUAUACUGAACUUUCAAGUACACUAACCCACACUAAUUAUUUCCACACAGGUGGAGUGAGAGUUGACGAAGGCUUCGUGAUCGUGAGCAAUGACCUUGCACAAACGUUCCUACGUGAACAAAACAAGACACUCAUGUGUCACGCAUAUGGCGAUCAGGCCAUGAUCAUGUGGAUAAACAAUAUCCCUGGGGUGACCUACUUUGGAGACAAUAGGGUACACCAUGCCGUGGUUAAUAGGUACAACAUUCUACAGUACGAGGACAUCUGUGAGAAUUUUUUAGCCCUACAUGGCAGCUAUCCUGCAGAGGUCGACUUGUUUUGGAAACAUUAUUUGAGUAAAAGGACGAAGAAAAAGUACACUAUACCUCCUGUCACAUAUCCUUGUGGUACGAUGAGUAAGACUUUCAACUAUAUGAGUUUUGGUGGGAUGUAUCAUGCCAAGCCAAGACCCUGUAGAGAAAACCCGAUCUGGAACAUAGGAGAGUUUUAUGGAGGUAGAAAUGGGUAGUAAAGGGUAACCUGUGUUUUAUAUGGGUACAUGUAGUUAAUGUGGGUCAUGUUAGGGAUAUACAGAGAUGGAUUGUGAUAGUAAUAUAGCUAGGAAUAUUUAACAAUUAUUCGCCGAAGGCGAGGUGAUUAUCGGUGAAUAAAAACCGAGACGAAGUCGAGGUUUUUAUUCACGAUAAUCACCGAGCCUGAGGCGAAUAAUUAUUUUAGUAUAAUUUCAUAGGUGAUUAUUUGGAAAAAAUAAGAAAAUACACAUUUCUCCGUCAUUUAAUUGACAAAAAGGCUUCGGCCGCCAUUUUGAAAAUCGCUUAGGUGAUUAUCGCGUAAUAAUCACAUCAACGGCAACCAAUCAGCGUGGAGAAUUUUCAAUAAUCACCUAUGUAAUUAUACUAAAAUUGGAUAAUAGGCAAAUUUAGUUGUGUGGCUACUUAUACAGCCUUUUAAAUGUGCUGUUAUUAGAACAUUUUUUAUGUCUGAGUAAUUUUUUGAGUAUAUUUCAUAUUUUAAGGGCCUACAGCAGCCUAGUCCCAGUCUCUCUCUAUUCCCUGCUUUGAUAUAUUUAAAUAAGUCUUAAAAGUUUUAUGCCUGGGUGUGCUGUGUACUACAUACACUUUUUUCUCGCGCUUGCUUCAGAACGACUGGGACUAGGCUGGGCCUACAGGACACUGGUUAGCGAUUGAUCGUCAUCGGGCCGAUUUUUGCCUUAUCGGUAGACAAUUGGAAUCGGUACGCAAUAUGUUAAAUUAAUGCGUGAAGCGUACCAUUUAUUAACGGUUUUACAGUAAGGCCGAAUUGGUUAACGUCACACUCUCACAAAUUUUCAGAGGCGGGAGUUUUUUUAAAUUUUAUACUCGUUUUUUAAUUUUUUAAUAGUAUUUUUGGGCGGGAUGGGGGCGGCAUGCAUCUAUUAACUUGCCGAGCAUGCGCACAAAAAGUGGAUACACUAGUUAUAACUCUGUAUAUGUAUCUACUCUGUGAUGUUACGUUGGAAAUUAUCGUUAAAAAAUCGACAUAAAUGAAGUCACCUUUACUCGGUCGACUGGUAUUAUGACGUCAUUAUAAAAUCGGUAUAUGGUAGAUUGUGACAUGAAUAAUCGGUAAUUUCCAAUUGUUGCGCAAUCGGUCAAUCACUAGUUGUGGUGUCCCCACCUUUCUCUUUUUACUGACAUACCGUAUGUUUUUAUAGUGGCAUGUGUUUAUUGCAUGUAUUUACGUGUAUGGAAAUUGUUGUAUUAUUGCAGACGAAUCUAAAUAAAUAAUUUAAUAUAUAAAUAAAUAAAAGAAAUUGAUAGCCUCAGGAUCACUUAACAUUUAACAUGUGUGACGUGUGGUACUCGAGUUAUUGAGCUUUAGUUAUUAUUUUAUAGAUGGUUUAAUAAACUCUCUGACUUUGCAGUUAUACUUAUAGACAAAUGAAUUAACGAGUUAUGUACAUAAUAAUGUGAUAGAUCUACAUUAAAGUUUAUAAUGGCCAAAAAUAUUUAGGUUAUUUACAUAUUAUGAUAGAUCUACAUUAAAGCUUAUAAUGGCUAAAAAUAUUUAAAGGUAAAUAAUAGACAAUUCCCAUUAUAGACUAAUUUUAAAACAAGGCAAGUAGACUCAAAUAAAUCACAACAGCUAAAAAAAGCAUACUAAAAUUAGUAAGUGUGCAAAGUUUGGUUGCGAAAUGUUGUAAAAUGCGGAAAAUAUAGCCUUGCAAAGUUCGCAUAUUUUGUAUACUUUUGUAUUGCGUGCGGAAUUCCUACCACAUUCCUACCACAUUUGGGCCGAAAAUGGUCGCACGCAAUACAAAAGUAUACAAAAUUUGCGAACUUUGCAAGGCUAUAUUUUCCAUAUUUUACAACAUUUCGCAACCAAACUUUGCAAAUUUACUAAUUUUAGUAUGCUCUUUCUACCUGUGGUGAUUUAUUUGCAUCUCCUUGCCUAGUUUUAAAAUUAGUCUAUAAUGGGAAUUGUCUAUUCUUCUUCGCGUAUGCUUUAUA